AAUGAAAAUAAUUGAGCAUAAAGGAAUGGCAUUGAUUAAUUCUGAAAAUGAGCAUCGACUUUGAAUACGUUUCCUAGCCAAUAGAAGCAGCGCAUUGUUACAAGGAGAGUAGCCAAAAUAAUAUUUUGGCCAAUAGUGUUUGAUCCCCUUCCUACUCCUUUUGCGCUAGAGUUUAAUGACUAAUACAGCCAUGAAAUGGCUGUAUCGAGCAUGUCGAAUUUCAACGACAACGACAAACAGCUCAAGUUAGCAAUUAUUGAAACGAAAUGUACUGACCGGAAGUUGCCCAAGAUAUUUGCUAUUUGCUAAUAGCUGUACCUGCUGCGGUACCCCACUUUAAUAACCUGUCGUUAUGGUCCUCAUGGACCAUGGCCCUAGCUGUGUUGAUCUGAUGAACACGACCAUGCCUUUGGGGCUAUAACCCGAUUUAUAUAUAAGCUAUGUACAUCUCAGGGAUACCCAUCUGUUUACGUAAACCACUCUAAUCAUGGCUGUGAGAGGAUUGACGGUAGGGGGAAGCCUGUGCGGACAAAAGGGCAGAUCAUACAGUGAUAUAAGCAUCCAGAUGCCCACCAUGGAUAACCUCGUUGCCCAAACUCCCCCAUGGAUAUCCGUUUCAGUUACCCCAUGGGCACCGACGUCAUUGCUGUUGGUGCUGCCGGGGAGUUGAUUUUGGAUCGGCCAUCGACCAAGAGCUUCCUGGCCUCUCGAUCCAGAUGGUGGGCCGCAGCAGCCGCUGUUUACAGAUCUUAUCGACAACGAUGUACAUACCGGAUUAUUACUAAGAAUAACGGAGCUAUGCAUGGUUACACGGUACUCAAUUAUGCAGCCUGCCAAACCCCAAUGUUUCUCAGUCUUCCGCUCAUAUUUUCCCGCCGGUAUUAUGAUGUGGACGGAGUACGUUGGGCAUUCGACAUCGUCAGGUAGCGUGUUCGGACUGAAAUAGUUGCUAGUGGUUAAUAUAAGGAACCGAGGAUGAUGCAGUGAGGGAAAUGGUCUGAUAACUGGAUUUCCCUAAUGAUAACUAACUGCACCCAAGCUAUAAAUGAUCCGACUACUCCGGAUAUGGCUCCAGAAAAAAUGCAUGCAUCUCGCUGAAGCAAGCCCCGCAGAAACAUCCAGGAGAUGGCCACAGCCAGAGCGGGGAAAGCUCAAAUCAUCUUUGAGCUCCCGUAAUGGAUAAUCCGUACGUGGAUUGCCGACGGACGCUCAUGGCAAUCGACGGAUGUGACCUGAACUAACGACGGCAAGUGGAAGAUACACAGUAUGAAAUCCCCUCACUCAACCUUCUUCGUACCGGGUGAGAGUUCAAUGCUCAAGUUGAACUGUUCUUUCGUCAGAGAAUAGCGUAUGUACUUACUCUGGAAAUUCAGUGGUGAUAGCCCAGAAUCGGUCCUUUGACCCGAGUGAAGCUAGGAACGCAAGGCGUAAUGGAUAGCCAUACUAAACCAUAUUCGUAUUUUGCUCGUCGAUCGUCCAGAUUUAGUUAUUUCGGGAAUGAAUCCUUGUAACCGCCUUGUUGACGCGACCAUUAUUUGCCAGGGCAUUUCUUGGGACUUACGUUGGCACUGCUGUCGAUCGAAGGGCGGCGUCUGUAACCUGGAGAUACGAGAAGAAGUUGUAUGGAAACUUCUAUCCUUCAAAGCGGAGAAACUUCGCAGCCAAGAAGACCCCCCUAUAUGUAUCUUUGAGGCAAAGGAGUCCGCCUUCCAUUGCCUCUGGUGGGUACAAUAUACAGCUACGUCAGCAGCGUUGCAUCUGUGCCACUAAAUGCCCAUGUCCGUGGGCAGGUUACAGAGUACAGGGAGGGCAAGUAGCAGAUCAACUGGGAGGACCUCAUGAGAAGCAAUCAUGGGUGCAGUACAGAGUAGACAUCUCCCAUAUCAUACUGGCUGAGCAGGUAACGAGAUGACCAGCCAAACAGGUCAGAGGACGUCACUCCGGCAGGAAAAAGCAACGAGCACUCCAAGGCCGAACGGUUCGGUCGUGCACAGCCUUGAAACUUGACCAUCUCGUUUAACGACUUAAGGGACGGGGCUGAUAACUGGCAACAUCUCCAACGCAUGCGAAACAGCCUAUGUUCCGAGGCAACUGUACACCUCACAUCAUGUUCGUCUUAAUAGGCUAGCUUCGCGGAUGGGACUUGUACAGUGCAUUAUUGAGACAGCCAUAUGCGUCUGUCAUUAUAGGCCUAUCUUCCUUAUCUCACAAGGGGUCACAAAGAAUACACUGUGAAAGCGACGGAUGGGACGAAGCUUGUCAUUCACCAUUGACUUGAUCUGGGAAUGAUUAUCCCAUCAUCCAUACGAGCGCAUGUUAAACCCUCUCUGUGCCGUCUCCUCGUGAAGAAGCCUGUCGUUGCUGUGAAAACCCUCUGCAAUGCCCUCCGCAAGAUCAAGGAUUGAUUCCCCCAAGCCUUGACUCUGAGCCUGCAGAGACAAGGCCGUCCCUCUUGCGGAAUAGGGCGAACCAAAUAAAUUCUCCUU